GUGCAUUAAUGUUAUUUUUGCUUGUGCAAUCACGCCAGGUAAUUAAGCCUAUGUUCUGUGUCUCUGAAGGAUAAUGUUUAUAUUUCUGAAGCUUAAGGUUCCCCCUAAUCUUGCUGUGUAGAUCUUUAACCAAAGAUGUGCCACUUAUGCAGGACUGCUCAUGAUUGUAAUAUAUUCUGUGGCAUACAUAUGCAAUUUAAACAUCAUGUAAAUAUAAAAGAAUAAAAAACCAUGCAACAAAUAACUGUGUGCAAAAUGCUUGAAGGAGCCUAAAAUGUCAGAUCCAUUGUAAUGACCACAGCCAUUUAAGGGGACUUAUGCAUGUUUAUAUAUACUUAGAAUUUCCUGCAUGUGAAGGAUAAAUGUCUAAAGAUACAAUAUCUGCAGAUUUUUCAGCUGCAAGUCGGUAUGUAGAGCAAUCAUCAUGUCUGACGGAUCUUUCCGUGUCCCCGACUGGGAUAUCUCAUUAGCCUGGAUCAGGUAGGAAAACCGUGAAAAGCCACUUCCCAUCACUAGACUCUCCCUGUCCAUUGCAGUGCUAAUUCCAAGACGUUCCCUCUAGAUGGGGUUGCCCGUCACGUGAUCUCUCAUACGUCGUUUCGUCAGAGCGCGGGUUGCCUUAACCGCUUCUGAGACUCCUCAUUUCCCGUGUUGCUUUUGCUCCAGUUUCCUUUUUUCCUUUAACGGCUAUUUUCGUCCCCUCAUGUUUAAUCCUCGGUAAAUGUAGUGAGCACUUGGCAACCCAUUAAGGCGCAUUGAAAGCGGUUUGGAAAAGAAAACACCGGACUGUCGAAGAGACAUCAAAGGAUUUCUUCCCAUGUUUAAAGGGAUGCUCCGUUACAUUUUUACAGAAAUAAAAUCACCCGACCAGCUGAUGACAUCGACUAUGAUGGCCUGAUAUUUCAUAAUUCAUAACACUAAUUCGUCUCUACGAGUAGAAUAAGUAUAGACUCAUCAGGUGCUGCAUCACAUUUCUUAAUCACCAACAAAAUGGAAGAAUCUUUCAGAUCCGAGAUUCGGACUAAUAAUGUCCAGGGACUAUGAAGAGAGCGCAGGGUCAGCCAUGAUGCAGCACCCCUGGAGCAGGGAGGGCUGGGGGCAACGGUGGCAGCUUGGCGGGGCUUGUACCCCCAAUUUUCCGGUCAGCGACCCAGAGCCUACACUUGGAGUACCUCCUGUCCUGCAAAUUUUAGUGUCUUCCCCAUUUUAACACAUCCACAUUCUCAUCUCAGGAAGCCUGGCAAUUCAGUAGGGAUGUUGGCAGCAGUGGAACAUGGUCCUGUCCUCUGCAGUGACUCCAACAUCCUCUGCCUCUCAUGGAAAGGAAGGGUUCCCAAAAGUGAGAAGGAAAAGCCGGUGUGCAGGAGACGCUACUAUGAGGAAGGCUGGCUGGCCACCGGAAAUGCGAGGGGUGUUGUUGGAGUGACUUUCACUUCCAGUCACUGCAGGAGGGACAGGAGUACUCCGCAGAGAAUUAAUUUCAAUUUAAGAGGCCACAACAGUGAGGUUGUCCUUGUCCGCUGGAAUGAGCCGUUUCAAAAGCUUGCGACAUGUGACAUGGAAGGGGGGAUAUUUGUGUGGAUACAGUAUGAGGGGCGAUGGUCUGUGGAGCUGGUUAAUGAUCGGGGAGCUCAGGUAAGUGACUUUACCUGGUCCCAUGAUGGAACUCAGGCCCUGAUUGCCUACAGAGAUGGCUUUGUCUUGGUGGGCUCAGUUAGUGGACAGAGGCACUGGUCAUCUGAGAUCAAUCUUGAGAGCCAAAUCACCUGUGGAAUAUGGACCCCUGAUGACCAACAGGUGUUGUUUGGCACAGCAGAUGGGCAAGUAAUUGUAAUGGACUGUCAUGGUCGGAUGCUUGCUCAUGUUCUAUUACACGAGUCAGAUGGUAUUGUGGGCAUGUCCUGGAACUGCCCUGACUUCUUGGUGGAAGAUAGUAGUGAGAGUGAUACAGACUCUGAUGAGAAUGCCCCAAGUCAAGCACGUAAUGUGAAGCCCCUUCUCACAGUAAGCUUCAUAUCUGGAGACAUAAGUCUAAUGAACAACUAUGAUGACCUUUCUCCUAAUAUUAUCCACUCAGGACUAAAAGAUGUGGAGGUGCAGUGGUGUUCUCAGGGAGACUUGUUAGCUGUAGCUGGAAUGGAGAGACAUGGGCUGCCGUCUGACUCAGCCUGUUCCUCCAUGAUGAGAAAUGCCCUAGUCAAGUUCUACAAUGUCCAAGGAGAACAUAUAUAUACUUUGGAAACACCUGCGCAGAGGCCCAUUACAACUAUAUGCUGGGGCCACAGGGACUCACGGUUGUUUCUGGCUUGUGGGCCAGCGUUGUAUGUUGUACGGGUAGAGCACAGGGUGGCCAGCCUCCAGUUGCUGUGCCAGCAGGGCAUAGCCAGUGCCCUAAGAGAGGAGAGAGAUGUGAGCAAACUGAACAUGCCAUCUCUUCUCUGUUCCUACGUUACCAGUGCAUUCAUCCCAACCAUCAAGCCUCCUAUUCCUGAUCCAAACAACAUUCGUGACUUUGUUAGCUACCCCACAGCAGGAAAUGAGAGAUUGCAUUGUACAAUGAAGCGUGCUGAAGAGAAUCCAGAGGCUGGAGGGCCAUGCUAUACCCUCUAUUUAGAGCAUUUGGGAGGUCUUGUGCCUAUCCUUAAAGGCCGUCGUAUCAGCAAACUGCGUCCAGAGUUUGUUAUAAUGGACCCCAAAAUGGACAGUAAGACAGAUGAGGUCUGCGUAAAUGGUAUGUUAUCCUACAUGACUGACAGCUGCAACUGCUCUGACUCUAGUGACAUUGAACUGAGUGACGAAUGGGUCGAAAGGAAGUCACCUAAACUUUCUAGAGGAAACAGGUCUCCCAAACUUCCAAGAAUCAAUAUGGAAUCAAGAAAGUCUCCCAAACUUGCCCAAACAUCCCAAGAAUUGUCCAGGUCUCCAAGAUUACCAAAGAAAGCUACUAUACGAUCUCCAAGUCUCACUCGCAGGGAGUUUCCAGUAGAUGGAAUAAGUGAGCAUAAUUAUCUGGCUCAAGUCACCUCUAACAUUUGGGGUACAAAGUUUAAGAUUGUGGGACUUGCUUCUUUUUUGCCAGCAAAUUUGGGCGCAGUUAUCUACAAAACCAGUUUGUUGCACUUGCAACCACGUCAGAUGACAAUCUAUCUACCAGAGGUCCGUAAAAUUUCCCUUGACUUCAUGAGUCUACCGGUUUUCAAUCCCAAUGUGUUUAGCGAAGAUGAAGAUGAUUUACCAGUCAUGGGCCCUUCAGGGGUGUCGGGUGAUAAUCCUCCCUGCACAGUUAAUAUUCCCAUUGCUCCAAUACAUAGUCCUGCUCAAGCCAUGUCGCCCACACAGAGCAUUGGACUUGUACAGUCUCUCUUAGCAAAUCAGAAUAUUCAGCUUGAUGUCCUGACUAAUCCCACGGCCACAGCAGCUGCUGCUGCUGCCGCUGCUGCAGCAGCAAAGGCAGCAGUUCCUGAUCAUAGUACAGACAAUGUGACAGCACAGUACACUGUGCCAGCAAGAUACUCUAGUCCUGGACAGGUUAUCUUUAGUGGCCUUGAAAUGGGUAACCUGGGUUUGAAUGGAACACUCCCACCACCACCACAUCAUUUGCCACCGCAGCCUCAUCAGCAACAACGUCAGCAGCAGCAACAGCAGCAAGAAGAUCAUCAUCAAGCAUCAAAACAUCAGCAGCAGUCACAAACACAACAGCAGCAUCUGAAAUUACAACACCAGCAAGCACAGCAACAGCACCAACAACCAUUGCAACAUCAUCAACAGCAUCUGCAGCACCAACAGCAAAUGCAAGCCCAGCAUCAUCAGCAAAUUCAACAGCACAUACAACAGCAGCACCAACAGCAACUGCAACAGCAUCAUCAUCAAAUGCAGCAGCAACAACUACAGCAACAUCAUCAGCAAAUGCAACAGCAGCAACUGCAACAGCAACAAUUACAACAGCAAAUACAUCAGCAGCAAGUCCAACACCACCAUCAGCAAAUGCAACAGCAGCAGCAUCAGAUGCACCUACAGCACGAGCAAAUGCAGCAGCAGCAACAACAAAUUCGCCAACAGAUUCAAGAAAUGAGACAGCAGCAACAACAGCUUCAGCAACAGCAUCAACAAAUGCAGCAGCAACAUCAACAGAUGCAAAGACAGCAUCAACAAAUGCAGCAACAGCUCAAGAUGCAAAUAACUUUACCACCUCCUCCUUCAGGGUAUGCUCCUAUUUCCAUGCAUCAGCUCCAGAUGAUGCCUACAAUUCCUCAUCCAGACCAACCACCAGAAAGAGCAGAGCAAACACACACUCUGAAGGUCCCUUCUAGACCACAAUCGUUUAUUGAAAAUGACAACUCUCUUGAAAUUCAAAUGCGUAAAAUGAAUCCUCCACCGCCAUACCCUGGCACAGUGGUAUCUGCAGCAGCAGCAGCCGGUCCACCUGUGCAGCAAGGUCUAAUUGGUAACAGUGAGAACAAUAACACACUGUCAGCAGACCCAUGCUUAUCUAAGGAUGAGUUCUCUCUUCACCCAGUGAGCAUCCAGUACCCGACACCCCUUGGAUAUGAAAGGAUAACAACUUUUGACAGCAGUGGAAAUGUGGAGGAAGUGUGUCGCCCUCGGAGACGUCUUAUACGAAACCAAAAUGCCUAUGGCUUGCAAGGAAUGGGCAGUUCGGCUACAUUGAAAGUUACCUCCUCUGACAGUAAGAAGGUCCAGCUUCCUUAUAGCUCAGCAACUCUCAGUCGCCUUUCAGUGCCUCGAUAUUCUAUACCAAGUGGAGAUCCGCCACCAUACCCAGACCCUGCUAAUCAGAUUAAUGUCAAUAGGAGUCCUACACAAAGGAUUGACAGCAGUCUGAUCCAUGCUACUCUGCGACGGGAUCGCAGAGAAAAUGCGCUGAAGGUUCCUCAGAUGGUGGAUACAUCGAGGACUCUGCCAACCAAAUCUAAAGUUAAUAGUGCCAUUGCACUUUCUUACCAGCCCAGGAUCCCCACAGCUUUGUACACUUGCACUCAGUGCAGCAGUAACAGCAGCAGCACAAGUGUAAGUGUUAGUGGUGGUGGAAGCAACAGCAGUGGCAUUGCAGGGGGGACCGUAGUGCGGCAGGAUUUUCCCCCUGGCAAAGGGGCACAACACAGUACCAUAAUUGUGCACUCUAAAAGUGCUUCGACUCUGGCUUCACAGUCUUCUUACAACCUACUGAGCCCUGUUGACAACAGUAGAGACAGGACUGUGUACAUCAACUCUGCCUUUACUGAAGAUGAGACUCUAAACCAGCAGUGCCACUUGGAAAAGUCAAUGCGCCAUUUAACUCUCGGAGAGGUUGGUUUAACAGUGAAGCGGCCCCCACCUUACCAGUGGGAAUCUCCUACUUCAGAUCAAAUAUGGAUGUCCCAGGAUCAAAAUAUGCUGACUAGCCCACAAGGACCUCACAAACCACCACAUCUUUUAAUUAGCCAAGCACAGCACUUAGACAUAACUCGAUUACCUUUUGUCCUCUCAACAAAACCUCCCUCUAGCCACAGUACUAUGACCCUGCCAUCAACUUAUCAACUUUCCCUUUCCCCUUUUCCCCCUGGUGUGGGCCACAGUGGUCCACAGUUUCAGUCACUGCAAAGUGCUCAACAGCCAUGCGGCCCCAGUGACAUGGUAACAUCAAUUCCAUUUAGUCAACAGGAUCCAGCUCUUGUUUUGCCCCCUGGUUAUGCAAGUAAUCUGGCUGGUCUGCCCUGUUGCCCACUCCCACCAAUGUAUCCUGGAGCCAGCUCAUGCACCAACCUUCAGCUUCAUCCAAUGACCUUACACCCCUGGAGCACGUACAGUGCUUGCCCUCCCAUGCAGGAUCACUCAGCAACUCUACCAAGUAAAAUGCAUCAGAAUCUGGAGAAGCCCAUUCUCUCGCCCCCACCGCCUCCGCCUCCUCCACCACCACCGCCACCCCCUCCUCCUCCACUCCCCCCUCCUCCACCUCCAGCUGAACUUAUGGCUCACCAAAGCACCUCAGAGGUUUUAGCUGACUCUGGUGAGAGUUUUCAGGAACAGUCCUCACUUAAUGAGAGUCCAGUACAACAGGGGUCAGACAGGUUCAGCAAAAAAAGUCGCAAAAGACUCGACAGCAGGGCAGAGGAGGCAGGCAUGUCCACUGUUUCUGAGAGUAAAUCAAAAAAGGAAGGCCGCUCUCUGGCCGACUUCAAUUCUCUCAUUGCUAGCCCAAGGCUUGGUGGCAGAGAGAAAAAGAAGCCUAAAGGACAGAAGGAGCAACUGAACAAGGCCAAAAAGCUGAGCAGGACCACAAAUGAGUUCCAAGACAGCUCUGAAAGUGAACCUGAACUUUUCAUUAGUGGCGAUGAACUAAUGAAUCAAAGUCAGAGCAGCAAGAAAGGUUGGAAGAGCAAACGCAGUCUGCGCACAGCAAAUGAACUUGAGGAGAUUAAGUGCCGCAAGGCAAAUGAGAGAGAAGAUCGGAGCCUUGGCAGUCAGGGCUUUGUGUAUGUCAUGGCCAACAAACAGCCAUUGUGGAAUGAAGCCACCCAAGUCUACCAGCUUGACUUUGGUGGAAGAGUUACACAGGAAUCAGCCAAAAAUUUCCAGAUUGAGCUGGAUGGGCGACAAGUCAUGCAGUUUGGCCGAAUCGACGGUAACGCAUACAUCCUGGAUUUUCAGUAUCCAUUCUCAGCUGUGCAAGCAUUCGCUGUCGCAUUGGCCAAUGUCACUCAGAGGCUUAAAUAAAAGACAGUAAUGGACAUCUUGUGCAAGACAACACAAUUUGCUGAUUAUAUAUUGUGAAUAACAACGGACAACGCAUUAUGUUGCGUUGAAAAAAAAUGGUACUGCUUGUAUUGGGCCAGGGUGUAAAGGUAACAUUCAGAGGAAGGUUAACAGAAACAUGGAAUACUUGAGAAUGGAAAAAGGUACAGAAUGGUUGAAAUAAUCGUUCUUUCGUUAACUUUAGGGGAAGAAGACAAAAAGAAGUGGUAGAAAGAAUACAGGACCAGUGCUUGAUUAAAGCUAGUAAAGAUCAGUUCCUAGUUUUGAUUUUUCUUUUAGUGUGUGUAUAUGUUUCAUAACAUUAAUAUAUGAAAGGCUAAACAAUGAUUUGCAUGCAAACCUAAGCCAAUUUAGUUACCCUGUGAUUAUGGGAUUCCCUUACUGAGAAUUUUUUGCUGCAGGUUGAUUUCCAAGUGUGAGUGGUAAUAUGAAUUUUACAAGUGAUGUACUAAGGGUGGGGGUAUUGCCAUGACUUAAAACUAUUUUUGAACUUAUUUUGACUGUUCUAUCUAUUGUAUCUCAUUUAUGUGUGAUAUAACAUGAAUCAGGCAUUAUUACUAUUACCUUCAACAUUUCAUUGCAAGUUAAUUGAUUUGUUGCCUUUUUUAUGACUUAUUUUAUCAUCAUCCUUUGUAAUGGCAGCAGUUUUCUAUCACUAUAAAACUCUUAAGUAGAUGUUGAUCAUGAAGCAGGUGGUGUUGAAUAAUAUUUGAAUUACUGUAAUAUGUAGAUUUAUAAAAAUGAUACCACCCAUUUCAUUACAUCUCACCACAUGUGCAAAUGGUUUUCACGUAAAUAUGAAUUUUUGGAUAAUAUGUUCAAAAUUUGGUCUGUUACGUUUACCAGAAAUUUCUGAGUCUAAAUGUGUAUGAUUAAUUUGGCAUUGCAAAGUACAAACGAAACCUAGACCUGAAAAUACAUCUGGCAUAGUUUUACCACCCCCUGAAGGAUAAUAGAAUUGAAUAUAAAACUCUAAAUGAUGGCCAAAGUGAUGGAUGGGAUACACAUUUUCUCAUUUAAAUACUAAAAAAUUGGUGUGUUUUUUUUUUUUUAGGUUUGUAGAAGACAUGUCUUGAUUCUAUAGUCAGUAUGACUGGCUUUUCAUAACCUUAGCAUUUCUUUAUAAGAUUUCCUCUGGCAUUUUAUCUUCACCCUUGUAGAAGCUAAGGUCAAGAUUUGUUUUAUGUAGCAGAGCUGGAGUAUCACGCUGUCAGUCAGGACAAAAUCCAGUUGGCCCUACAUACAUCGACUCAAAUCAGUAAAUAUCUGUUUAUUGUAUUUUAUAUAUACAUCCAUAGUAUAUAUAAACAAGCAUCUGCUUUCUUAUAUGAUUUGAGCUGUUAUGUUGAUUUUUAUAUUUUGGAUGUAAGUUAAACAUUUGCUGAGAGUAUCUGUGUUGACGGACGAUGGUUGAUAUGAUCAUUCUCCUGUUUUUGGUGUAUAUGCUUUGAUGAUUUGCAAAUUGAGCAAUUUCUAAUCUGUUAUACUAGAGUAUUCAGGCCCAGUUUGAAUUGUGUGGAAUGUGAGGCUUUAACUGUGCUAUGCUUUAUUAUUGUAAUGUACAAUAAACCUUGAUGAGCUUGUAAUAUUUACUCAGGUUUCUCAUGCAUUAGAACAUAUGUGAAAGACUAUGGGAAAAGCAUACAAAUGAACAGAACAAGUCAAUUUGAAGACAUAUGUUUGCUAUUCAUAUCGUAUCUGUUUGUUCUAUGGGAUAUUAAACCAUACUUUAAGUAUUACAGAGCAGUAAGAGGUACAGUACACACCAUUAGAAUCAGGAAGAUAGCUGGAUAAGUCUAAUUUAAUGCCAGGCACUGGUCAAGGGUGCUGCCCAUGGCAGACAUUUUGUUUCUUAAUUGAGUUGCUGAAAAGCAAAUUCUUGAAAAGAUCACUUUCAUGGGAUGUGGUAGCUUUGUGGUUAAGGUGUUGGGUUGAGUUUGAAUCCCAGGUCCACCAAGGUGCCACUGCUGGGUCAUUGAGCAAGGCCCUUAAUUGCUCAUUUAUAUAAAAUGAGAUAAAAAUAUAAGUCUCCCUGGAUAAGGGUAUUUGCCAAAUAUCAGAAAUGUAAUGUCAUUUAAAGGGGGUAUGUUCUAUACACCAGAAAAUAUGGUGUGUCCCCAAGUAGACCUAAGAAAGUUUGUUUAUAUUGGGCCAAAAAGAAAAUAAAACAAUUGAAAUUAUGAAGUUGGAAAAUAAUCAAGUCAAAUAGAUCUUUAUUGUUAUCACAGCCAAAUACAGUGUGCAGUAUGAAAUAACGCUUCUCAUGGACCCAAGGUGCAAAACACAUGACCGGCACAGUGCUGAGAGCACAUGAAUAAAGUGCAACAGGAAUAGGAAGCAUGCAGUGAGGGGGUAUGGGAAACAGUCCAGGU